UGUCAGUUGGGGGGGUUAGUUUGGGGUCGACGCGCUUCCUGAUCGAUCACAAAGGCGCGCGUGUUCGUCCCACUGAUUGACUGCGCACGGUUUUCCGGGCUAUUGACGCAUUGUGGAGCCGCCAGCGGGGAUCAGCGCGAAGCCGCGGCUCGGCUGCACAGCGCAGGCAGCAGCAGCAUGCAGGGCGAGACCGCCAUGGCCGUGGUGCAGCUCGACUGGGAGGAUCACCAGCCCGAGAACGGCUUCGUGUCGCCCGACACCACGUCGCCGGGGCUGCUGACCCGCAUCGACGGUUCCGUGCUGCCGUUCCUCGGGGGAUUUGGGAAGUACCAGAAACAGCUGAUCGUCCUGACGUGGAUCCCGGCGCUGUUCAUCGGAUUCAGUCAGUUCUCUGAUUAUUUCCUCCUCGCUCAACCGAACAACACCUGCGUCCAGCCUUUGGCGAACUGGACCAAUUCGAGCGGUGCUGCGGUUCCGUCCUCGCUGCUCGACAGGCCGAGAAACGGCAGCGUGCGCCCGGUUUACAUCCACGCCAAUGGGAGUUACGGCGCGCACAAUGACACGGCCAGCAUGCGGUGCAUGUGCAAGGAGUGGACGUUCGAGCUGUACAACGGGCUGCUGGAGAACGUCGUCACGAAGUGGAGUUUGGUUUGUGACUCUGCAUGGAAAGUCCAUAUUGCAAAGUUCUCUCUGUUGGUGGGAUCCAUCUUUGGAUAUCUGGUGCUUGGAAUCCUUGCUGACUGGUUUGGCCGCCACCCUGUGCUGAUCGUAUCAGUGUUGUUCAUGCUGAUGUUUGGACUGACUGUGGCCUUCUCUGUCAACCUUCCCAUGUUCAGCACCCUGCGCUUCUUUGAGGGCUUUUGUUUGGCGGGAAUCAUCCUGUCGCUAUAUGUCCUCAGGGUCGAGCUGUGUCUGCCGGCGUGGCGUUUUUCCAUGACCAUGGUGGCCAGUUUUGUGAUGUUGGGUGGUCAGCUGCUGAUGCCCGGGGUGGCGAAUCUGUGCCGUGACUGGCAGGUUCUCCAGGCUGUCAUCAUCUGCCCCCUCCUGCUGAUGCUGUUCUACAUCUGGAUCUUUCCUGAGUCACUGCGUUGGCUCCUGGCCACUCAGCAGUACUGCCGCUCCAAGUGGAUCAUGGGACACAUAGCCAAGAAAAACCAGGUGAACAUGGAACUUGACCCAGACAACAUCCUGACAGAACUGCAGCGAGCCCUGCAGAAGAAACACAAAAAGACGUGCAUCGUGAAAAUGGUCGGAACGCGGAACUUGUGGAAGAACAUUGUUGUCCUCUGCGUCAACUCGCUAACAGGCUAUGGGAUCCAUCAUUGUUUUGCUCGCAGCAUGAUGGACCCUGAAGCCCAGGGAACGACCAUGUUCCAUAACUUCUAUGCAGACUAUUACACCAUGGCAGGCAUAGCCGUGGCGUCCUGUUUGGCGUUAUGUCCAACUGUGGCCCUGAUGGGCCGACGCGGUGGUCUUCUCAUGUUUAUGAUCAUCACUGCCCUGGCAUCACUGCUGCAGUUGGGGCUGCUGAACUUGCUGGGGAAGUAUAGCGUCCAGCUGAAUAUAGAGCGCUCAGACACCCUGAACAGGAACUUCUCCAUUGCCUUCUCCAUCAUCGGCAUGUUCUCCUCCCAUGCAGUCAGCAACCUGAGCAUCUUCUUCUGUGCUGAGAUCACACCCACCGUGAUCAGGGGGGGCGGCGUGGGUCUGGUCCUGGCCAGUGCUGGCUUCGGCAUGCUGACUGCACCCAUUAUGGAGCUGCACAACCAGAAGGGCUAUUUCCUUCAUCACAUCAUCUUUGCCUGCUGCACUCUCAUCUGCAUCAUUUGCAUUCUUCUGCUGCCCGAGUCGCGCUAUCAACCCCUCCCCGAAACCUUGGCAGACGGCGAAGCUUAUUCUCGCCAGCCUUUUCUCCCGCCGAAGAAACCCGGAGAGCAACGCCUCCUCCUGGCCCAAUCUGAGAGCAGCCGGGAUUACACAAGGGUGCACGACACGCCACUUCACGAGGCUGCUGCUACCGUAGUGUCCACCAUGUGUUCCACAGCGUCUUCAGCUGCGGAUUUGACCGCUCAGUCAGUAGCGGAUGUAUGUGCUGCCGUAUCUGUGGAGGCACAUUCUGAAACUGCUGAUCUUAAAGACGCCAAUGACCAGUCGGUUUUGUCCUUAUCCACUCCCCCAAUCACAGCUCUGGAUAAAGGUGACGUCGUACAUUCCAGCAAAGACCACCUGCUGUCUUCCACUCCUCUACGUAAAGCUCCAAGUGUCACAGACCCACUUUUAGCCAGUGAUGAAGACUCUCCAGCACUUGAAGUUGUCAAGCCACCUGUGGAUUCCACCAUUCCCGCGACGUGUGGCGAUGGUUCUUCCCCUACUGAAGCGUCGCCCGCUGCUCCUGAAUGUCCCCGUUCAGCUUCACUGGACUCUUCUGCUCGCAAUCCACCAUCGCUUCUACCCACCUCCCAAUCAGUCUGCGCAAUUCCCACCCCCAUGCCCAAAGCUCCAGUGGAAUCCCUGAAACUGCCCCCAGCACUACAGAAUUCCAACAGUUCUGCUCCACCUUUACCGGAUGCUGACUUCACCCCUUUAGCAGAUGCUUCUUCUCCACCAGAGGAUGAUGGUGCCCCUCCAUUCCCUCCUUCUCCGGUUACUGGAACACAGCACAAUGUCUCUGCUGCGCUUCCGUCCUCUGUUAGCACAAAAUCUGACAUUCACGAACAAAUAGAAUUAGUAGAACUCACACCUUCACCUAAUGUUUAUGCAGCUCCUCUUUCAAUUAGAGACUCUUCUGUAGUGACGGACUCCCAGCCUCCCCAGUUAGACUCCACUGUUCCCUGUAUUAAUGAUAUUGGUCCUGCUUCUCCUCCACCCCCAAUCCAAGAGACUUCACCUCCCCCUUCCCCCCCCGUUGACUCAGGCCAUCUGUCCUCAGUGGACUCACCCAUCCCCCCGGUCACCGAUGGGGUCGAUGUCCCUGCACCAUCUCCCGCCGUUCUCCCUGUCACAGACAUUGUGCACUCUCCAACUCUAGAAUCUACCACUGAGACUGUCGAGGACACGGACCAGGCUGCACCGGAUCCAGCUGCACCACUUGAUAUAGAUGUAGUACCGACUGAUCUCUCAGAAUCUGGCUUUAGAGAUGAGGCUCCCCCCUCUUUAAUGGACCACACCGUCUCUUCCCCCAUAGAUUCUGGUGUCCUUCUCUGUGGGGACACCGCCAGCACAGAAACCAACGCUGUUGAUGGAGCAUCAUCGUAAUGAGCCAAUGUUACAGCCAGGAAGAAGCUACGGGGGUCACGACCUGGACCAGGAAACUGUUAAUUCCACGGGAACAAUGGGAGCCUGGCCUGCUCUGACUUCAGACGUUAAGACUGUCGGUACCUGAAGCUGAGUCAACUUGUGUCAAAGUCAUCAAAGUGCUGCUGUAUGUUUCUCAGUGUAACCCCCCCUGCCCCCCCAUCUCAGUCCCGCGCCCCUGUGCUACAUUUAGCCGGUAAAUAACAGCACAAGUGAGAGUGUGCAAGUGGCUGGCCUGUGAAAAUGUGACAUUAUCUUGUUGAUAUUAUCUUGUUGAAUGUCACUGGAAAUCACCAGCCUAUGAUCUACUUUCAAGUCAAUGAAUGGGAAUCACUGUCUGCCAUGUAAAAAAAAAAGACUCUAACUACGCAAAUACUCACUGAAAUAUGUCAUUGUGACGAGUGAGAAAUGCGUUUAAUCUGAAGCCAAACAACAACAAAAAAAAACCCAAAACAAAACGAGUUUUGCUCCAAUGAGACGACCAUCGGGCAUAAUUGUGUUGAAUCGCCACCUUGCUGUUACAGAUGAAAUAAAGAAUUUUUCCUUUUUAGUUUUAUAAAUAAAUUUAUUUGUUUGCUAUUUGAUGUCAACAAUCAAAAUUGGAGGAUGUUCUAAAUUUAAGACGAAGACAUUGUGCCAACAAUUUUGUGGAGAAGCCCGUACGGACUUUUAAACAUGGACAGUUCCUGUAAUGUGUCGUUGAAACAUUUGUGUCGCCCCCUUCUGGCUGGUUGCCGUUCAGGUCAUUAACACCACCUGGCUGUGCACGCCAAUAGGGAAUGGGCCAAAUUUCAUCUCACUAUUUAUGUUUUUUUUUUUUAAGUUAUUAACUCAUUUUCAAAUGGGUGUUGGCCAGUGUGACAGCUAAGUGCUAAUUAUUUUGUUUGCCAACCAGAUAAUUCUAACACAAAAACUGAGAAAAAAAAGUACUUGCAGCAUCUAUGUUUGUUUGUGAGUUCUUAUGGCACUCUUUUUUUUCCCCUCCCCCUCUUUUUUAAGUUUAGGGUGCUCCGGCAAAGCAGGGUUUAAUUAAAGAUAAAAAGAAAAUGGAUUGUGUGACGCAGCUAGCUAAUAUGCUAGCUUUCUGUGCAGCUCAACAAUCUUGCAUCUACCACUCAGAAUCUGGUUCAAAAUAUUGUCACUUGAGCAAUAUGGCAACACUUGUCCUCCUGGUUGGUUUUAUUUUUGCACAAUAAGCAUGAAUGCGGGCAUGAAGUCCAUCUUUAUGGACGUUCUGUGUCCCUAAAAGUUUUAACCUCACUGGGGAACUAGUGCUGCCCCCUGCUGUUGAUCUGUGUGUGGAUUAAAGUGAAUUCCAUUUCAGAUAUGCUUGUGCUACUAUUCUUGUGGUAAAAAAAAAAAAUAAAAAUAAAACAAUAAGUGAUCAUU